AUGGAAACAACUGGUCCUCGUCCUGCCCAUGAUCAUGAUCAUAAUCCUUCGCCGAGGAAGAAACUAAAAAUUGAAGAAGAAGAAGAAGAAGGAAAAGAUAAUGUCGAAGAUGCCGAAGAAGACGAAAACGAAAAAAAUCACGGAGAAGUAGAUGAAGAUGAUCGUGAGGAGCGCGACGACGACGACGACGACAACAACGGAGAAAAAAAAGCCACAAUGGAUGGGCUGUCGUCUCUCCCGUGCCAUCUCCUGGAGCGUAUCCUCUCCUACCUGCCGACUAAAUCGGUCGUAGCGACCGCCCUCCUCUCGCGGCGGUGGCGCUACCUCUGGGCCUCCGCCCUCCACCUCGACUUCGACGACUUCGACGUCCCCCGCUGCGGCUUCGCCAACGCCCUCCUCUCCUUCCGCCUCGCCCUCCGCCACAACUGCUCCCACCUCACCGUCAGCCGCUGGCUCCGCAACGCUGACCUGUUCCACCUCGCAUCGCUGAGAAUUCUCCGCCUCACCACAUCCAGCUAUGCACUGCCCGUCAACUGGCCUGUCUCUGCGCGGCUGCCCUCUCUCGACACCUUGGAACUUGUCGGCCUCCGGUUCUACCCCUCCGUCGCCGCCGACUUCGUCUCCUCCGCCUGCCCCCGCCUCCGCUCGUGCUUGCUGAAGCGGUGCCAGCCGCUGCCCUCGCUCGACGUGAAUUGCCCCCUCCUGGAGGAACUCUCCCUCGCGAACUUCCAUCGCUGUAAACUGCAGGAUCUCCGCAUCACCGCCGGCCGGCUCAAACGGCUGAGCGUAACGAACGCCUUCGCCGUAAACGUGGAGAUGACGCUCGCGAUCUCCGCUCCGAGCAUCGAGAGCUUCAGGUGGUGCGGCGUCACUCCGCGCGAGUACCGCGCGGCGAGCCCGACGUCUCCUCUUCGAUCGCAAGUCGUCUCCUUGCCGAGAAUGUUUCGGAAAUUUCACCGUGUUGGUUGUCCUGUAAAUCUUCUCCAGGCGUUUGCCGAUUGA